AUGCAGACAGAGAGGAAAUGGUACAUACUGUCGAGUUUAUUCCUUCUGCUGAUCACCUCGGGCCAGUGCAUGGACAGCAAGGAGGUGAUGCACAAAGAGAGAAGGACCCUGCUGGACCAUAUCUUUCAGGUUAUCGGAGACAGCCAACGGGGGGACAAGCCUUCAGUCUCCAGUCGCUAUAACAGUGACCUCUUCCCCGCAGCACAAGACAUUAAGUUCUCUGGAGAAAAGCCUUUAUAUGUUCCUAGGCUGGAUAACAGCAGACCCAUAGGUAAGCUGAUAAGAUUUAAGUUCAGGCCAUGAUGAAACUGUAAUCCCUAUUUUACUAGGGCUUGACUAGGGCUUGACUAGGGCUUGACUAGGGCUUGACAGCUGCCGUUGGUCUGUGUCAAUAUCUUUGCUACUAUAGCCUUUUGUGCAUGCUUACUUGUCCAUUUCCAUGUAAGAAAUGUCACACUUUGUGAUUUGAGGAGGUGAGAGCUUAGCAUACUAAACUUGUGAAUGUUCCAUUCAGUUCAGGAUACAUUGCUGAAUCUUCAAACAUGAAUGAUCUGCCUCCUCUAGCUCAUUGGCCAGCCAAUGGCGAGCGUCACAGGAACGCAUCACAGGUGACGUGA